AUGAUGAGGGCUAGGGUUAGGAGAGGAAGUUGUGGUACUGGUACUCUCUUCGGCAAGGAAAAGGUCUUCUGCACCUGGUCCUUCGGCAAGACAGAUUUAUGGUCUUCUUGGGAUUUGAACGGAGCCUGCCGUUCGGCAACUAGGCCCUUGCCAUUCGGCAAGGGUGCUAGGCUCUGUUGUGAGUCUUCGGUUUGCAAGGGAGAUUCCUCAAGAAACCUGAGUAAGUAA